AUGUCCUGUGAGGCUUGUCGUACUAUCCCUCCUGUGGUGCCCACAGGGUACACAGCAAAUGGACGUUAUCUGGACAUUGCUGGAAUCAAGACAUGGUUUGUUGACGACCCAGCAGACGUGACAGGCCCUGAAACUGCAUCAGUUGGCAUUCUAGGCGUCUAUGAUGCUUUUGGUCUCGCAUCUCAGACCCUGCAAGGAGCCGACCGUCUGGCCAGCCAGCUCGAUGCUCUAGUUUUAGUCCCCGACUUUUUCCGUGGUGAUGCUGCUCAGCCUGCAUGGUUCUCUUUAGACCCGGAAGAAAGGUCAAGAGUGUUGACUAAGUUCAUGGGUGGAACGGCAGCACUGCCUCAAAAUUCUGAGGUUCUCAUUGCUAUCAUGGCUGCAAGCAAAGCCCGAUUCACGGCAGUACAGACUUGGGGCGCUUAUGGCUUGUGCUGGGGUGGCAAGGUAGGACGGGAUGUCCGAACCCAUGUGAACAUUCUGCGAUUAGAGAAAGUAGACGCUGAGCGACUAACCAUUCCGCAUAUUGUCUUGGCAUCCAAAGAUGAACCAGCAGAUGUUGUGAAAGAAUACUCACAAAUUAUCUCUGGAAACGGAAUUGGUGGGCAUGUUGAAACUUACAGCUCCAUGUGGCACGGUUGGAUGGGGGCGCGCGCUCAGCUUGAAGAUGAGCAUGGUUGUGCUGAAUACAUUCGAGGGUGCGUCCUGUCUGAAUUUCCCCCCAUUCAGCUUAAUAGUCCUGGCCAGCCCCGCAGUUGA